AUGUGGACCAGAUGCCUGCUCUUCGUCUCGACCUUGUUUGCUCCCAUCGCCAUUGCCCUCGGCCGUGCCCCGAUCCCCAUGGCGGUGGUGCGGAGGGAGCUGUCCUGCGAGUCCUACCCCAUCGAGCUGCGCUGCCCGGGCACCGACGUCAUCAUGAUCGAGAGCGCCAACUACGGACGCACCGACGACAAGAUCUGCGACUCCGACCCCGCCCAGAUGGAGAACACCCGCUGCUACCUCCCCGACGCCUACAAGAUCAUGUCUCUCAGAUGCAACAACCGUACGCAGUGUGCGGUGGUGGCCGGGCCCGACGUCUUCCCCGACCCCUGCCCCGGCACGUACAAGUACCUGGAGGUCCAAUAUGAGUGUGUCCCAUACAAAGUGGAACAGAAAGUAUUCCUCUGCCCCGGCAUUCUGCGAGGGGUGUACCAAAGCGAGCACCUCUUUGAGUCGGACCACCAGUCGGGCGCCUGGUGCAAAGACCCGCUGCAGGCCUCGGACAAGAUCUACUACAUGCCCUGGACGCCGUACCGCACGGACACGCUCACAGAGUACUCGUCAAAGGAGGACUUCAUCGCGGGCCGACCCACCACCACCUACAAGCUGCCGCACCGCGUGGACGGGACGGGCUUCGUCGUCUACGACGGCGCGCUGUUCUUCAACAAGGAGCGCACGCGCAACAUCGUCAAGUUCGACCUGCGCACGCGCAUCAAGAGCGGCGAGGCCAUCAUCGCCAACGCCAACUACCACGACACGUCGCCGUACCGCUGGGGGGGCAAGUCGGACAUCGACCUGGCGGUGGACGAGAACGGGCUGUGGGUGAUCUACGCCACGGAGCAGAACAACGGGCGCGUGGUGGUGAGCCAGCUCAACCCCUACACCCUGCGCAUCGAGGGCUCGUGGGACACCACCUACGACAAGCGCUCCGCGUCCAACGCGUUCAUGAUCUGCGGAGUCCUGUACGUGGUCAAGACCGUGUACGAGGACGACGACAACGAAGGGACGGGGAACAAAAUCGACUACAUGUACAACACGGAUAAGAGCAAGGAGGUGGCGGUCGGGAUAUCGUUCCCGAAUUCCUACCAGUACAUCGCCGCAGUGGAUUACAACCCCAGGGACAACCUGCUGUACGUGUGGAAUAACUACCACGUGGUCAAGUACUCGCUGGACUUCGGCAACAAUGACUAUCGCCCACCUCCCAUGAUGCCUCCUAACCGAGGAGGAGGAGGGGGAGGGGGAGGUCCAGUUGGCGGUGGAGGUUCCUCCUCCUCAUCUACCGGCCGCACCACCACCACUCGUUCCCCUCCCUACUACACCACCCCGCGGCCUGUCCUCACCACCUCCCCCGGCCAGCGCUUCCGGACCACCACCACGGUCCGCCAGCCCGCCCUGGCUCCGGCCGGCGGCUCGUCGUCGGACACCAACCAGAUUCCCGACACCAACCAGAAGGCCGGGGGGCGCUCCCCUCCGGUGCAGCUCCCUCCGGCGGCCCCGCAGGCCCCCGCCCUGCAACCACAAGACUUCUGCAAUCCGAGGCUGACGGCCGACAUAUCGUGGCCCCGGACGCAGCAGGGCCAGAUGGCCAAGCAGCCCUGCCCCGUCGGGACGCUGGGCGUGGCCACGUACGUGUGCGUGGCCCAUUUGGGCUACUGGAAUCCCCGAGGCCCCGACCUCAGCAACUGCACGUCGCCAUGGGUCAACCACAUCAUGCAGAAACUCCGCUCGGGCGAGACGGCGGCAAUCGUGGCGAGGGAGCUGGCGGAGCAGACCAAAGGGCUCCUGCGCCCCGGCGACGUGCCGUCCACGGUGCGGGCCAUGGCCCAGCUGGUGGAGCUGCUGGACGUCCAGCUCAGGAACCUCACCCCCGGGGGCAAGGACAGCGCCGCCCGCAGCCUCACCAAGCUUCAGAAGAGAGAAAGGUCCUGCAGGUUUUUCACACAGGCGAUGGUGGAGACGGUGAAUAAUUUGCUGCAGCCCAGAGCCCAGGCGGCGUGGAGGGAACUGCCCACCAGCGGGCAGUUACACUCGGCCACUCUCCUCCUCGACACGGUGGAGACUGGGGCUUUUAUGUUAGCUGACAACCUCCUCAAGACUGACACUGUGCAGGAGACCACCGAAAACAUCCAGCUCGAAGUGGCCAGGCUAAGCACGGAUGGGAACCUUGCCGACCUGACAUUCCCUCAGUCAGAGCUACAUGGAAACUCCAUCCAGCUGUCAGCCAGCACUCUCAAGCAGCACGGCAGAAACGGUGAGAUCAGGAUGGCCUUCGUCCUCUACAGGAACCUGGGGGCCUACCUGUCCACGGAGAACGCCAGCGUCCGGCUGAGCAGCGAGGCGGUCUACCCCAAUUACUCCGUCAUCGUCAACUCCCCGGUCAUCACGGCGUCCAUCAACAAGGAGAGCAACAAGGUGUACCUGUCUGAGCCCGUGGUCUUCACGGUCAAACACCUGCAGCAUUCGGAGGAGAACUUCAAUCCCAACUGUUCGUUCUGGAGCUACUCCAAGCGCACCAUGAUGGGAAUCUGGUCCACCCAGGACUGUCGUCUGCUGGCCACCAAUCGCACGCACACCAGCUGCUCGUGCACACACCUCACCAGCUUCGCGGUGCUCAUGGCCCACGUGGAGGUGAAGAAAGCGGACAGCAUGCACGACCUGCUCCUGGACGUCAUCACGUGGGUGGGGAUCCUGUUGUCGCUGGUGUGCCUGCUCAUCUGCAUCUUCACCUUCUGCUUCUUCCGCGGGCUGCAGAGCGACCGCAACACCAUCCACAAGAACCUCUGCAUCAGCCUCUUCAUCGCCGAGUCGCUGUUCCUGGUGGGGAUCAACCGGGCCGAUCAGCCGAUUGCCUGUGCGGUCUUCGCGGCCCUGCUCCAUUUCUUCUUCUUGGCAGCCUUCACCUGGAUGUUCCUGGAAGGGGUGCAGCUCUACAUCAUGCUGGUGGAGGUGUUCGAGAGCGAACACUCCAGGACUAAGUACUUCUACCUGGCAGGCUACGGCGUGCCUGCUGUCAUAGUGGCCGUCUCCGCGGCGGUGGACUACAGGAGCUACGGCACCGAUCGAGUGUGCUGGCUGCGAUUGGACACGUACUUUAUCUGGAGCUUUAUAGGCCCUGCUACGCUCAUUAUUAUGCUGAAUGUAAUCUUCCUCGGCAUCGCUCUUUAUAAGAUGUUCCAUCACACGGCCAUUCUCAAACCAGACUCUGGAUGUCUGGACAACAUCAAUGAUAUGAACGUCGGUUCUCCGUCUCCUCCUUCCUCCAGGUCCUGGGUGAUCGGGGCCAUAGCCCUGCUGUGUCUGCUGGGCCUGACCUGGGCCUUCGGUCUGAUGUACAUCAACGAGAGCACCGUCAUCAUGGCCUACCUCUUCACCAUCUUCAACUCCCUGCAGGGCAUGUUCAUCUUCAUCUUCCACUGCAUACUGCAGAAGAAGGUGCGCAAAGAGUACGGCAAAUGCCUGCGCACCCACUGCUGCAGCGGCAAGAGCGUGGAGACGUCCAUCUCCUCCUCCAGCAAGACCACCACGUCGCGGACGCCGGGCCGCUACUCCACGGGCUCACAGAGUCGCAUCAGGCGGAUGUGGAACGACACCGUGAGGAAGCAGGAGUCCUCCUUCAUCACCGGAGACAUCAACAGCUCCGCCACGCUCAACCGAGAGGGUAUCCUGAACAACGCGAGGGACUCCAGUGUGAUGGACACGCUCCCUCUCAACGGCAACCACGCCAACAACUACAGCAUGGCCAGCAGCGAGUACUUGAGCGACUGCGUCCAGAUCCUGGACCGUAGCGGCGGCUACGGCACCCACGGCAACCACAAGGAGACCACCCUGGAGAAGAAGAUCCUCAAGGAGCUGACCUCCAAUUACAUCCCGUCAUACCUCAACAACCACGAGAGGGGCACCACCGAGCGCAACCACAACCUGAUGAACAAGCUGGUGAACAGCAUUGGCGGGUGCGUGGGCAGCGGUAAAGAGGACAACGGGCCCAUGGUGCUGGACAACCCCGCGGCCUUCCCCCACGAGGAGAACCCGGGUUUGGAGAUCAUCAGGGAGGAGUCCAACGCCCCGCUCCUGCCGCCGCGGCCCCCUCCGCCCGACAGCCACCCGCCACCUCCGCCACCGCCGCACAGCUUCUCCCGGCCGCGGCGCAUCCCCCAAGAGACCAGCGAGAGCUUCUUCCCCCUGCUGACCAACGAGCACACCGACGAGCACACGCAUUCGCCCAACCACAGAGACUCGCUGUACACCAGCAUGCCGGUGCUGACGGACCUUCCGGACGGGCAGGUGAACGGCUUAACGGACGGGGAGGAGGAAAGCUCCGGCGAGCUGCAGCCCUGUAAGAGCGCCACCGCUCCCGAGCUGGACGACGUCUAUUACAAGAGCAUGCCAAACCUGGGCUCCAGGAAUCACCUCCACGAGCUGCAGAGCUACUACCACAUGGGCCGCGGUGGCAGCGAUGGAUACAUGGUGUCCGGCAACAAGGACGAGUCCGACUCGUCGCCCGAGGAGCCGCCGAUAGACCCUUCCCACCUGGUCACCAGUCUAUAGAGCCGAUCGAGAGACUUCUAUCCCUCCCCAGCCCAUUCUCACACUUUCCAACUUUCCAACGAAAAACAUUCUGUGUUGUUGACCGACGGACUGAGCUGGCCCACCCCUGGAUCGAUAUACUGUGUGUGACAUUAACUGUGGCUCAUGACAAUUGGGAUUGGGAAUUCGCCGGUCUGAUGAAAGCGGGGACUGAAUGUAUUGUCACAAAUGGU